UGUGGACACACACACACACACACACACACACACACACACACACACACACACGUUCAGAAGCCUCCAUCUACCCCAAGCCUGUGCCCUGACCCUCUUACUUCUUGCCCCUCCUGGAGCCCACUGCUGGGAAGCCCCUGGCUCCUCAGCCCCUCCACCCACCUUCGGGAAAAACGCUUCUGGCCCCCCCUCUUCCCCCCCCCCCCCCGUUUUCCUUCCUGAGAGUUGGUCCACCACGUUCCAACCUCUGCCCUCUGCUCAGGAAGCUGGCUGCCCUCCUGUGCGCCUGGCACAGUAAGGGCAGGAGGGCGUGGGCUGAGCCUGAACCCUGCCCCUACCCCUCAGCCUGGCCCUCCUCCGUCCUCACUUAUCUCCCAGCUGCAGCUGCAGACGCUGUGCCCGGGUGAAAGGGAGCCAUGGGGAACUGCCUACAGCCGGUGAGUACUGCCAGAGCCUGGACCCCAGACUCCAGGCUCCAGAGCAUGAGAUCCCAGACCCUGAUCCCAGAGCCUAGACCCCAGACUCUGCACCGCAGUCCCAUCUUCCUCUGUCCAGCUCAGUCUUCUCCUCAUCUGACUCUUCACCCCAUACCCCACCCCGGGUCCCCAAGAUGCCCAUCUGCUGCUGUCCCACAGGAGACCACAGGCAUUGCUGCCAACUUCAGCCAGUGGGACUGGGAUGAAUUCUGGCCUGAGAUGGAGAUGAAUGAGUCGUACUACUCGGAGAACAUGAACGACAGUGACAUGGCCUCAGCUGCCCCUUGCUACUCCUGCAACCUGCUAGAUGCAUCCUCACUACCCUUCUUCCUGCUGUCCAGUGUGCUGGGCCUGCUGACCAAUGCUGCCUUCCUCCUCGCCCUCCUCUGGCCACUCUUCCAUGGGCAGCGCUGCACUGACUGGCCUGUACUGGCACAGCUGGCCAUGGGCAGUGCCCUCUCCAGCCUGGCACUGCCCCUCCGGGCCCCAGGCUUGGGUGGUGCCCGCCCAGUCCCCUUGUGCCAUCUGACCCACAUAGCCUGGUACAGUGGGGCUUUUACUCAGGCACUGCUGAUCGUUAGCCGGGCCUGUCUGGGGUCCCGGCUGGGUGUGAGCCAGUCCCGGUACCUGUUACUGGGGUACUCGGUGGGACUCUGGGUCACAGCCACCCUCCUAGGGUUGCCUAAUGCCUUGACCAGCGACUCCUCCUCUGGAUACUGCGCCCAGAGCCAGGGUUGGGGGGCACUGUACUCUGUGCAUGUUGCCUUCUGCUGGUGCCUCUUUGUCAUGCUCCCCCUGGGCCUGGUGUGUGUCAAGGGGCUGCAGAAAGCCCUGGACAAGGGGCCAUACCCACAAGUGGAUGUUCUGUGGGUCUGGUUCAUUUUCUGGGGGCCAUAUGGGGUGAUGCUGGGUGUGGACUCCCUGAUGAGGUCCCGGGUUGUGGUCCUGCCCUCAUGCCAGGCUCAGCAGGUGCAGGACCUGCUGCUGCAGCUGGCAGAAGGCCUGACCAUGCUUCACUGUGUGGCCACCCCCAUGCUGCUGGCCCUGGCCUGCCACCAGGCCACCCGCCUCAUCACCCCAACACUGCCACUGGCCCCGUAUCCCUACCCAAAUACCCCUGUCGGCAAGUCUUAAAGCAAUAAAGUCUAUGCUGCUC